AUGGCGUCCGCGCUCAAGGUGCCGUACUUGGACCAGGACCCUCAGGAGAUCCAGACCCUGGUGGCUGGCUUGAACAACUCUACCGGCAAGGGGAAGCGGGGAUGGAGGGCCAAGAAAACCACCUUCAAGGUCCAAGGGUCAUCUGAUGGCAUCACCGUCGACUCGUGGAGGUUCCAGGACUGGGACUACAAGAAGCCCGACCUGCCCACAUACGCCCGCGGCCUUUUCACUACCAAGAACCGCCGGGGUGAGCACGAGAUUGCUGUGCGAGGAUACGACAAGUUCUUCAAUGUCGAUGAGACGUCCGACACAAAAUGGACAAGCCUCCGUUCCAGGACACAGGGCCCGUAUGAGCUCACGCUGAAGGAGAACGGCUGCAUCAUCUUCAUCAGCGGCCUGGAGGAUGAUACUCUGAUUGUUUGCAGCAAGCACUCGACGGGAGCCCGCAGCGACGUCGAGCUGAGCCAUUCCAUGGCGGGCGAGAAAUGGGUCGACAGGCAUCUUGCCGCUGUCGGCAAGACGCGUGUAGAUUUGGCAAGAGAACUGAAGAAGCGCAAUGCUACCGCCGUAGCCGAGCUGUGCGACGAUGACUUCGAGGAGCAUAUCCUCGCCUACACCGCCGACAAGGCCGGCCUUUACCUCCAUGGGAUCAAUAUCAACGUGCCUACCUUCAUGACGUACCCCAGCGAACACGUCCAGAACUUUGCCGACGAGUGGGGCUUCCGGAAGGUUGGCGUUCAGCUCUUUGACGAUAUUGAGACCGUCAAGACUUUCCUGGAGGGGGUUGCGGAGACUGGUGCACACGAAGGCCGCGACGUGGAGGGCUUCGUCAUCCGGUGCCGUAUGUCAUCCGAUCCUGAGCGAACCCCUUACAACGACUGGUUCUGGAAGUACAAGUUCGACGAACCCUACCUGAUGUACCGCCAGUGGCGAGAAUGCACCAAGGCUCUCAUCUCCGGCAAGCCUCCAAGAUUCAAGAAGCACGUCAAGAUCACCGAGGAGUACCUACUCUACGCCAGGAAGCGCCUGGCUCAGGACCCGCAGCUUGGCAAGCUUUACAACCAGAACCACGGCAUCAUCAAGCUGCGAGACGACUUCCUUGCGUAUAAGAACCUCAAGGGCUCCGACGCGGCCAACUGGGAGAACGAGUUCGGCAACGACGACGGUGCUCUCGUGACCUCUGGUGUUGUCAUUGUCCCCAUUGCAACGAUUGGAUGCGGGAAAACUACAUUGGCAGUCUCUCUCACCAAUCUCUUCGGUUGGGGCCAUGUGCAAAAUGACAACAUCACCGGCAAGGGUCGUCCGGCGCAGAUGGUCAAGCAGGUUAUGCAACUGCUAGCCGAUGGCAACCCUGUGGUUAUCUCAGAUCGCAACAACUCGGAGAGACGUGAGCGGGACCAGAUCAUCAAAGACAUCAAGCUUCAACACACAGAAGCACGCCUUGUAGCCAUGAACUAUUCGCAUGGCGAUAUUGAGGAGGUGCGACGGGUUACGAGGGACCGCGUGCUUGCCCGAGGUAAUAACCAUCAAACCAUUCAGGCAGCCACGGAUGAGGCCAAGGUUGUCAGCAUCAUGGAAAACUUUGUACACCGCUUCCAACCCUGCGAUCCUGACAACUCGCCCGACGACGGUUUCGACCUUGUCAUUGAUCUUGACCCUGCCAAGGACAGCCGUGAAAACUUGGAGACCAUGGUCAACGAACUCCACAGGAAGUACCCUCGGCUGCUGCCAGACAUGCCCAGCGGAGAGCAGAUGGACGAGGCGGUCAAGGCUGCCAUCGAAAAUUAUACACCCGACAUUCGGCACACUGUCUAUCACUCAGGCGGCAAGAACAAGCAGAACAACGUGCAGAACCAGCAGCCCAAGACCCCGAAGAAGAAGCCCCUAGAGUACAUGUCCAUCUCUGUGCCAGCCAAGGACGUCACGGCUCUACUUGAGUCUAGCUUCAAGGACGUCGAUGCCGAAACUUCAAAGUUCUACAAGCAGCUACAGCAGACUCGUCGCAUUCAGCCACAGUUCCACAUCACCUUAAUGCACCGAGCCGUUUCCAAGGAACCCCAACACUCUGAGAAAUGGGCAGAAUACUGCAAGCUCGAAGAGCAGAGUGCUGCCAACGGAGGUCGCAUUGCCGAGUGUGAUGUUGAGCUGGAGCGAGUUGUUUACGAUGACCGCGUCAUGUCGAUUGUUGUUAGAAUCCUCGAUCCCAACUGGACCACAGUGAACCCCAUCGCACACGUCACAGUGGGCACGCGCGACCAGAGCGUCAAGCCGAAGGAGAGCAACGACCUGCUCGCACGCUGGCUACAGGAGGGCGCGGGAGGCCCCACCAACAUCGGCGAGCGUGCGUUUGAACCCAAGCCUGUGCUGAAGGGUGUAGUGCGUGGUGUUCUUGCACGCUAG